AUGGCGGCUGGGACUGCGGACCGCGCCGCGAAGCAGUGGAGCGGCAGCUGCGGGCCAGAGGGGCCCUGCCAUCGCGUCGGCGCCUCUGGCGGCCGGAGGACCGCCGUGCAGCGGAGCGGCGCCCAGCCCACCAACGAGAAGGGCCCGCGCGGGCCAGAGCGGCCGGAGCCAGGAGGCGGAACUUCCGGGGAGGUCGGUCAGGCGGGGGUCGGGGCUUCCGGGGGUGCCGCUCGGACGGGCGUGGCGCGCAGGCGGGGGGACCCUGUCCCGGCGGCUCUCGCCGCUCGCGUCAGGGCCAACACCUGCCGUCGUCGGCUCGGAUUCCAGCCGGGUCGGGACGUUGCCCCGCGAUGCCGGGUGUCUGCCUGUGGUCCCCCGCGGGGUCGUGUCCGCAGCCUCCCGCGUCGUGACUCCGUGGGCCUGCCCGCCGACCCCCCGGAGCCCCCGAGGCUGGGGCGGCACCUGCGCGCAGUCUGGGCCAGGACCGCCAGGUCCCCGCGGCUUCCCGGAGUGCGGGGCCUGCUGGGGGCCCGGUGCCCCGGGUCGCCGCGGCGGAUGGGGCUCGUGAUGUGCGUGCGCCUGUCCGAAUCCCGGCCCAAAGCUGGUCACGUGCGCGCAGAAUGAGGGACGUGCUGUGAUGGGCCACGACCAUCCUCUGCAGUGACCCCCGCCCUUGAACCUAAGGCGCCCCUGUUCCGAAGCUGACAGCGAUGCGCCACUGAGUGUUCCCAAGCAUCCCGUUAGGAAGUGUCCGAUGCAGAAAAGGAUUUUAUUUAUUUUGAUAGAAAACGAGGCAGCGUAGAAGCAGGAGGAACAGCAGAAGCA